AUGGAGACCCAUGCUCAGCAUUUACAACUCACAUUAUCCUUAUUGAGAAAACACCAGCUUUAUGCCAAAAUCUCUAAAUGUUGUUUUGCAAAACCUACCUUGGAGUACUUGGGUCAUAUAAUUUCUUAUCAGGGUGUUAUGGCUGACCCUAAUAAGAUAUCUGCUAUGACUAGUUGGCCAACACCUUCAAACAUCAAGGAGCUAAGAGGGUUUUUAGGCCUCAUUGGAUACUAUAGAAAGUUUGUCAAACACUAUGGGGUACUUAGUAAGCCUCUUACUGACUUACUUAAGAAGAAUGCUUUCACUUGGACUCCAGCUGCUACUCAAGCCUUCAAUUCCCUCAAGUAUGAUAUGACUACUACUCCAGUUUUGGCUUUACCAGAUUUUUCUAAGCCAUUUAUAUUAGAAACUGAUGAUUGUGCUACUGGCAUUGGAGCAGUUUUAAUGCAGGAGGGCAUACCAUUAUCUUUUUUCAGUAAACCAUUUGGCCCUAAAUCACGUGGCCUCUCUACUUAUGAAAAGUAA